AUGAUACAUGCAGUCUUGAGAAAGAAGGAUCAAAGAGGAAAAGACAUAGAUGUAGAAUUCAAGUUUGAUGUUGGAGAUUUAAGGAGAGUUCUAGACUUGAAAGAUUCUGACAAUGAUCCAAUAAUCAUGUCUGAACGUCUUGCUAAAGGUUUGUGGUGCAGAAUGGGAUUUACUGGAAGUAUCAAUGGAAAGAUGACUAAGACAAGUUUUUCGAUGGCUUAUAGAUACUUGUUGCACUGCAUGGUUCAUUCAUUAAAGUACAACAUUUCUCAAGUGAACUUUGAGUAUAUGAAGGAGAACUGCCAGGCUAAAGGAGACAAAUACAUCAUGUAUCCGAGAUUCGUUAUGAUGUUGAUAAAUGAUAAGAUCAAGGAUCUUCCAAAGAUCAGAAGUGAUAUCAUGGAUGUGAGAAACAUUACAUAUGAAACAAUUGUGAGAAUCACUAAAGAAAGUGAUACAAAAACGAAACAAAUGAUAUGCAGAAUCAAGGAUAAAGAUUAUGUUGCUCCUGAGAAUGAAAAGUGGAGGCAUGAUAAUAGUGAUUCAGAUAAUGAAAAUGAAAAGAUGAGCGAGAUGGCUGAGAAGAAGACUAGAUGGUGUUGUGUGAGAGAUGGAAAAAGAAAGAGAACACCUAAGUCAUCCCCUGCAAUUACCAUUCCUAAGGAUGGAGAUAAGGGGUCUUCUGGAGAACCACAGCAGAGAUUGGUUAAUGAAACUGUAUUGGAGCCAUCUGUGGUCAUUGAACAAGGAGUUGAUCUUCUAAAUCAAACUUUUGAAAGUUAUCUGAAAAAGAAUGAGGAAGCAGCAGCACAACAAGUUCAAGGAUCAAGUGCUCAUGUUGAGAAGGUUACAAGAGUUGAACAAGAGAUUGAAGCUCAGGGGAGUUCAAGUGAAGAUGAUUCUGAAGCAACUCAAUCAGAAUCUGAAUUGGAUCCAACGACUCAUGGAAGGGGAAAGGCUCAGCUGAAAAUGAAACCAUUAAAGAAAAAGAAAACAUCAGAUGAAGAAGAUUCACCUUAUGAACCAGAUCAGCCAAAGAUACAAGUAAAGAAACAAAAAGCAGUUCAAGCUAGAGUAAUCCCAAGGAAUGUUAGAGCAAAGAAAUCAGGAGCUGAACCACAAAAAGAUAAAGGUGGAAAGAAAGAGAAACACAUUCAGAAAGAAAAGGUUCUUAAAACUGAGAAGACAAAAGGUGUUGAGAUACCAAAAGAACCUGAAGUGGAAUCAAUAAAAGAACCAGUAGCUGAAAAAGAAACAGAGAUUGCUUCGUUAAAUGGGAAGAUAAAGAACUUAGAAGAUGUCAAUCAAACACUCAAUCAGCUUCUUAGUGAAAUUAGUGAAGCUCCGUCAAACGAAAUGAAGGCGAUGAAGUUGGAAAUGGAAGCCAUGAAGGCAGACAAGGUUGUGAAAGAUGAACAACUUCAUAUGUUAUACUCUGUCAUGGAAAGUCAUUUAAAGAUGGAUGUUCAUGCUGCAUUUAAUGAGAUAGAAGUGAAACGAGCUGAAGAAAGGAGAUUAGAACGUGAAAGACGCUUAGCUGAAGAAGCCACCCAAAAGAACAAAGGUGUGAUUGAUGAUACUCAAGAAGUUGGUGGAUCGUCAAGUCAACCUGAUAUUGGUGGUACAUCAUCUCAACAAGAUAUUGAAAUGGUUGAAGUUGUAGAAGUUCAGGAAGAAGAAAUGGUUGAAGCUGAAGAAUUUCAGGAACCAGACUUCAUGAUUGUUGGUGAGUCUUCUGAGCCUGUGGAUAUUGAUAAUAUUCUUCGAAGGGUUGAUGUUAUUCAAAGAAAGAGAAAGGCAAGAGAAGUAUUGCUACUAGAAUGGAAGACACAACAAUUUGUACUUGUUGGUAAUGCCUAUCCUGUGCCUUACAACGUUCAAGAAGUUGCUCGUGAGAUAAAAGUUAAAGAAAGGCGUAGAAAGGCAAAGAAAGCUCGUGGAGAAGUUGUUGAUGAUGACUCUGAUGUAGAGUUAUUUGGAGAAGAUGAAGAAGAGGAAGAUGAAGAUAAUGUUGAUGAUCAAAUGGAUGAUAAGCCUGAUGAUAGUAAUGACAAAGAUGAUAAAAGUGAUGAUGACAAUGAUCAAGGUGCUUCCGGGUUGUUAAUCACAGGUCCAAUUGUUCAAGAAAGAAUUGAAGAGCUAUUGAAUGAUGAGAUUAAUGAGCAAGAGGAUGAUGUACAAAAUGAAGCAUCAUCAUCUGGAAAACAACAUGUUGAUCAGGUACUUCUCUCAAACCCAACUGUUAUUUACUUGAAUGUUCAACAAGAAGGAGAGGUUGAGGUUAGAAGAACUAGAGCCGAAAUGUUAGAAGAGUUGGGGUUAGAAGAAGGAAAGUUCAAGUUUGAUAUUGAGGAUGAAAUUCCUCAGUCACCAGCUAAAGACUUCGAGCCUAGAUAUGCAUUUGAAGCAGAUCAUUAUGAUGAUGUGAUUGUUGAAGAUGCUUCAGAUUCAUCCGAAUAUGAAAUUGAUUUUCAUUAUGUUGGGGUUGAUGAGACGUUUCCUUCAUUUGCUGAGAUGUUCAAAGACAAAAAUGAAGACGAGAUUAAAAGAAAGAUUGUUGAAAAAGAUCUCCACUGA